AUGUCGUCCCCAAACAAGCACACCUCCUCGCGCCUUGCCAGCACCGACACUCUGCAUGUCGUCUGGUGCUUCGGUGGCAUCAUUGGCAGCCUGGUGUUGUACGGGGUGCUGCAGGAGCGGAUCAUGCAGUCCCCGUUUGAUGGCGAGCCGUUCACCCACAGCCUGGCACUGGUCCUGGCCAACCGCCUCGUCGCCUGCGCAGUGGCCCUCUCCCUCUCCCUCUACCACGGUCAUCCCCUGGCCCCCCAGGCCCCCCUCACCAGCUUCGCCGCGGUCUCCCUGUCCAACGUUGCCGCAACCUUCUGCCAGUACGAGGCCCUGCGCCACGUCAGCUUUGCAGCGCAGACGCUGGGCAAGUGUGCCAAAAUGCUGCCCGUCAUGCUCUGGGGCCGAGUCAUGCUGGGCAAGCGGUACGCAGCGCGGGACGCCGCGCGCGCUGCCGCCGUCACACUCGGCUGCGCCGCCUUUGUGGGCGCGAAUCGCGCAGGCGCCGUCUCCCCCGCCGCCGCUGGCCUCUCCUCUGCCGCCACCAAUCAUGCCAGCACGCCCUGGGGCCUGACACUCAUGGCCGCCUACCUGACAGUCGACGGCUUCACCUCCACCUUCCAGGCCCGGCUCUUUGCGCUGCACGCCCCCACCCUGCCCAACCAGGUCCUCUACGUGGCCGCUACCUCGGCGCUCCUGGCCCUGGCCGGCCUGGUGGCCAAGGGGGAGCUGCGCCCCGCGCUCGCUUUCUUCGCAGCGCACCCGCGCGCGCUGGGCGCCGCGGCGCUGCUGGCCCUGGCCGCCACCGCGGGCCAGCUCUUCAUCACGCACGCCAUCCGGCGGCACGGUGCGCUGCUCGUGGCCGCCGCCAUGACCACGCGCCAGUUUCUCUCCAUCCUCCUGUCGGGCCUGCUGUUCGGCCACAGCUUCAGCGCCCAGCAGUAUGCCGCCGCCUGCGUUGUGUUUGGUGGGUAUGCGUGUGUGUCUGAUUUGGGGGGGGGAAGUGAGGCCAAGGGAUGGAAGGGUGGGGUGAAUGUGGAGGGAUUCCUAUCCUGA